CCAGUGGUGCGGCCGGCGCGGCGCGGCGGACGUCCGUUCGAGGCGUGGCAAGCCAGUCAACAGCAGCGAGUGGACUGGCGGACGAUCACCGCGCGGUGCACGUCGUCUGCAUCGGAGACGAGCCGUGGAGCCAAACACAGUACAACGGUACAGCCUACAGUAUUUGAAUGAUCAAGGACUGCGAAUCGUGUCGCGUUUCUGCCAACGGCUGCCUUCCGCCCGGCAAGGCGUUGACGUGCGUACGGGACGCAGUCUUCAAAGGAGAAUGACAUGACUGUCAUUGUUUUGAAGUGACGUCUAGGUCAAACUUUUUCUUCAUCAGUGAAGUGUUGCGGCAGCGCCAGCACGCGGGUGGCCAUCGCUGGAUCCUCUGGAGCGAAGAGCCGUGUCGGCAUGGCAGGAAGCGAGCCGCGCACGGCAGGGCGCAGUGCGGGCGGAAGUAGCAGUAGCAGCAGUUCGAGGAACGAGCUGUGGCGCCUGCUGACGGAGUACUUCACGCCCCGUCGCGACUGCGGCGUCACUCUUCCCUCCGGACCCUGCGGACGGAUCCACGUCAAAGACAAGCGCGUCCAGAUCAUCGUAGAGCGGCGAGAAUACUUGCACAGCAGCGUUUGCUCGGACAAGGACUGUGAAACGACUGCUGAAAAAGUCUUUUACAAACAUCCAGAAAAAAGAAGAGCCUUCUUGGAAGACGGAAUAUUUCGCGGACAACCAAAUCCUGCUCUUGUAGCCAAAAUUCAAAAGGCAUUUACAGACUUAGUAGAUGAGUUUGCAAGUACUGUCAAACCGGGCAAAGCAGAAAAUACUGAAGAUCUACCGGUGCUCUAUGAAUUAUGCUCUCAGCGUUCUUGCGAUGAACUGAUCUAUUUGUUGGAGUUUGGAAAAAUUGGAGCUCUCGAUCGUUUCACAAAGGAAGAAUAUGAAAAAGUUAUGCAUUCCUACAGUGGUAGCCAAGCUAUCGGACACCACAUGUCUUUCUUCAUGCACUACAUAGUUCAUUUCUUCAUAGGAACAAAGUUGUUGUUGUACAAUAACGUUGAAAAGGCUCCCAAAUUGAAGUGGAUGUACGAUCAUGCUUAUGGUGGCCAAACGUUCCUGCCUUACCAGCGAAAAAACUUGCGUUUGUGGAUGAAAGAUUUGGACGUUACGACAGAAAUGUGCAAAGCGGCCUUCCGCUGCAUUUACCUCUAUGUUUAUUGGCGACGUAAAUUCGAACCGGACUACAACAUAGAAACUGAUGACUCUUUAAAACUAGGGAAUGAAGAGGGUAUUUGGUUGCGUUGUUUUCAACCGGGUUAACCUGUUAACAUGUGUAAACUUUGAUAGAGCCGAUUUUGAAUUCACGAAAGAAAGUUAUACAGGCCGAAUGAUUGUGUCACGUUCAUCAGUGAAAUUUACCAUACGUUACCCUUAAUAAUUGUUUGGGAUCUAAAAAUAGGCCGACAAGUGGUGGAAAUCGCUGUUCAGCAGGGCUCUGACUUUAUCCGGGUUUCACCGGCUUAUUAUCUUGUUCCUGAACCUAACCCUUGACCCUUUGGGCUUGUAUCCUGACGCAUAAAUUGUACAGAAGGAGUAGCUUUUGGCGAAAAGAGAGGUGACAUUUAAUCUGCAAUCUUGUUGAAGCUGCUAUCAAAUGUGAUCCUAUCCGUGAAAAUGGGAACAGUGCCAAAAUAAAUAUGAAUUCACCUUUUCUUCAGGUUGA